CAAACGAACGUGCAACGACCGACAAGAUUGCCAUUUAUUAUAUAUAUAUAUCUAUAUAGUUUAGCUGUUUGGCUAUUGUUCACUUGUCUAAUGUCGUUUAGUGUUGAUUAAUAUUUAUUAUUACUGAUAAUUAUAAAUAAAAUAAUUUAAAAAUGUCAGGACAAAUAACCAAAACCAAAGCCAUACAAUUAAUGAAAGAAGAGUUGCUAAAAUGGCUAUGUAUUAAUCAUGCGACAGAUGGACUUAUAACCAGACCUUUGCUUAAAACUAAAGCAAUUGAAUUUGUAAAUCACUAUGGUGUAAAAGGAUACAAGUGUUCAACCUCAUGGUUGACGCAAUUUUUAAAGCGCCAUGGGUUCGCGCCAGCUCUAGAUGAAUGCCGUGGGCCAGUGUUUGAUGACUGGACAACUUGGAUUGAUAUACUGAGACCCAUAUUCGCUAGUUAUUCUUACGAUAAUCAAUUUCACUUGGAUGAGUUGCCGAUGUACAGUGAUUUCUUCUCGCAAGCAGAGCAAGAAUCAUUGCGCGGCAUCAAUCCAAUUGCUGGUUCAUCAGUUGACGAUGUCGAUGUCGAUGUCGAUGGUGACUGUGAUGAUGACGAUUUAAUUAAACAGGAACUGCGUCCACCACUGAUGCACCGGGUUUCAAUAUUACUGGUUGCAAAUGUAUCAGGAACUGAAAAAUUGCCGCCCAUAAUAUCUGGGCCCUAUCCAGUCGACCGGGCACAUCAAAAUUAUCUGUAUCACAAAAACGACAGCUGUCGUGUGAGUGACCAAGUACUCAGUGAUUGGCUAAGAACUUUAAAUCACACAAUGUCUAUGAGCAAUCGUAGAAUAGUAUUGAUUUUAAGUAGAAGUUAUGUAAAUGCUGUUAAGUAUGCAAACUUGACUCAUAUCCAACCAAUUUAUCUGCCGAAUGAUUUUCCAAAUGAAUUACGUCCAUUAAGACGUGACGUUUACCAUUUCAUAAAAAUGUAUUAUCGUUCAAAGUACGUCGAAGGAUUAUGCCAGUCUACUCCCAAAGAUGUCUGGCUACCGGAAGAAAUAAUCGAGUGUCUCGCUGAUGCCUGGAGAAAAGUAUCAAGAGAAAUGUUGGUUGCUAAUUUUCAACGAACCAAAUUUCGUGAUGACGAUUUGUUUUUAAAUAUCGAGUGCCCAUUGUGGGAGAGUCUAAAAAUUGGAGUGAGCUUUGAAAAAUUUGUUAAGUUCGAUGACGGUCUGUUCGAAGCUUUAGAUGCUGGUAAUAAAUCGAAUGAUUUUAACCUUUGGAGAACUGUCAGUGAAGUUGACAGUCUACGCAACUCAUUCAGUCAAGACUGUAGUAAUUUUGACAGCACGGAAAAUUCUCCACUGGGUCACGACGAUAGAUUUGGUGACAGUUUGCUGAGACCAAGAGAUGAUCCCGUAGAUGGAAAUUCUUGCGAGCCUAUGGAUUGUUCCAGUGCCUGUAGAAAUCAAUCAGAGUUGAGUAGAAGUCAAUCUAUGAAUAAUAAAAUUUCUUCUACACCUGACACUAAGCCGGCUAAUGAUGAAAAUAAAAUUUGUAAAAUUGAAGUGGAUGAUACUGAUAAUGUAGAAGAUCAUGAUCAAAUUGAGGAUUGGAAAUCAGCAGGUACUGAUAAAACAGUAGUUGAUUUAGCAGAGACUGACAGAACUGACAGAACCGUAAGCUCAGCUGGUACUGAUAAAAUUUCUAAAGUAAAUUCACCAGGUUCGAGUGAAAAAAAUUCACCGAUCAGAAACGCAUCGACUCCUAAUAAAAAUAACUGUACUAAUAAAGAUUUUAGUACUCGCAUUAAUCCAUCACCUGAACGUACUUCCGUUUGCUCACAUGGUUUCAUUGCUGACAAUUGUUUUGAACAAUUCUUCCACAAUAAACUAACAGAUUUAGACAAAAAAUACGAUCGCUUUGAUUGCGAUUCGAAUAAAUUAAGAAAAAUUAUUUACCCAAACGACUCGCCGAUUCCCAGCACCAGCAAAGAAGGUCUUGAAGAAUCUUAUGCAUUGCAACGAUUUUAUUCCGAAAGUUUUUAUAAUAACAAAAUUCAUCAGUUAGAACCCACGAUAAUUAAAAGUCCCCGAGUUGAGAUUUUAAUUGACUGUAAAGGUAACGAAGAAGGCGCCGGAGAUGGAAGUGAUGUUAAUUUUAAAAGAACUCGUACUGAUAAUGAAAACGGUACUGUCACUAGUACCACCGGUGCAUCUGAUAAUUGUGUCAGUGUCGAAGAACCGCCGAGUAAAAAAAUGAAAACAGAAUUCAAUUGGGCAGAACGUUAUCAAAACCAAUAUGUGUUUGGUCCCAACGCUUUGGAUUAUCCAGUAGAUGCGCAGACUGCUGUUGAUAGUAAACCGACGAUUGAUGAUACAGGAAAUACGCAAGUGGAAAAAAAAUCGAUCUUUACAUUAACUGAUCAAAAAUCUUUGGAUAUUAAUAAUAAGUAAAUUUACUUGUGUCUUUUAUUUUAUUUAUUUAAAAAUUUAAUUUGUCGUGGGAAAAAUAUUUGAUUUAAUAUUUAAUAUUUUUUUUUUCUUAAAUUUGAAAUUAUUUAUUGAGAUCAUAAAAUAUCUGGCAAUAUUUGUUCCUAUUUACUGGAGAGAAUAAAAAAUUAAAAUUUAACUGUUUUGUGUUGAAAAAUGAGUAAAU